CCCUGUCCCCUCCUCCUCCUCCGGCGCCGGCUCCGGCUCCUCGGGGCCCCCAGCCCGGCCGGGCGCUUACAGCAGGGGCGGGGGGUCCCCGCUGCCGGUUCUCCCGCAGGCUUCAGCCGGACUGAGGAACCCCCGGCGCAGCCAUGAACCGGCCCCUGGCGGCGUCGGCGGAGGCGGAGGAGGAACUGGAGUGGCAAGUGGCGAGUCGCCGGAGGAAGGCCUGGGCCAAGUGCCGCAGCUCCUGGCAGGCGUCAGAGACGGAGGACCUGUCCACCGAGGCGACGACGCAGGACGAGGAGGACGACGACGAGGAGGACCUCCCGGGCGGGAAGCUGCCCGCGGCCGCGGGGCGAGGGAACGUUCCCAACGAGAAGAUCGCGAUAUGGCUGAAGGACUGCCGUACACCUUUGGGAGCCUCGCUGGAUGAGCAAAGCGGUAGUACACUGAAGGGUGUGCUUGUGAGAAAUGGGGGAAGUUUUGAAGAUGAUUUGUCUUUGGGAGCUGAAGCCAAUCACCUCCAUGAAAGUGAUGCUCAAAUUGAAAACUGCAAUAAUAUGUUGGCCAAAGAGAGAAGACUCCAGUUUCAUCAGAAAGGGAGAAGUAUGAAUUCCACUGGAUCUGGGAAAAGCAGUGGCACAGUUUCAAGUGUUUCCGAAUUGUUGGAACUUUAUGAGGAAGAUCCUGAAGAAAUUCUCUAUAAUCUUGGAUUUGGACGAGAUGAACCAGAUAUUGCUUCUAAAAUUCCUUCCAGAUUUUUUAACUCAUCAUCAUUUGCAAGAGGGAUAGAUAUUAAAGUAUUUUUAAGUGCUCAAAUGCAACGGAUGGAACUAGAGAACCCAAAUUAUGCUUUAACAAGUCGUUUUCGACAAAUUGAAGUGCUUACUACUGUGGCCAAUGCAUUUUCUUCUUUAUAUUCCCAAGUCUCUGGGACUCCCUUGCAGAGAAUUGGAAGUAUGUCCUCAGUGACCUCUAACAAAGAGACAGACUCUCCUCCACCCUUAACUCGAAGUAACACUGCCAAUCGUCUAAUGAAAACACUAUCAAAACUGAAUUUAUGUGUCGAUAAAACAGAGAAAGGAGAAGGUAGCAGUGCUUCCCCUUCAGUUGAAAAAGGAAAAAUUCUCAGUGUUUCCAUGACUGAAGAAAAUGGCAAUAAAAAUGAUCCAAAGUCUCAAAAAGUGAUAAAGAAGAAGGACUCUUCUUCUAUGCUGGCUACUGUUACAGAAGAAGUCUUAACUAGUUCUACAGCACUUACUGAGAAUGCUGAGGCUGACAGACUUUCUGAUAUAGCAAAUAGUAAUAAUCAAGAAAGGGAAAGUGAACAAAGCAAAGAAAGUCACCAUGAGAGUAAACUGCAUCAGAAGUCUGAGGUUCCAGAAUCUGACAUAGGUAGUGAUUUGAAUGUGUCCAGUCACAGUGAACUGGAAAUCAGCAGUGAGCUGAAAAAUGUCCAUAUGUCCACAUCUGAAAAAGAGCCUUGUGCCCCACUUGCCUUUCCAUCUAUAAGAAAUAUAAUGGCACAGCAGAAGGAUUCUUUUGAAAUGGAGGAGGUUCAGAGCACAGAAGGAGAAGUUCCUCAUGUUCCUGCUGCUUGCCAGCUAGGUCUCACCAAAUCCAAAAGAGAUCAUCUGUUACGCACUGCAAGUCAGCACUCUGAUAGCAGUGGCUUCGCGGAAGACCCUGCAGACUGCCUCUCCCUGAAUCACCUCCAGGUCCACGAAUCCCUGCAAGCCAUGGGAAGUAGUGCUGACAGUUGUGACAGUGAGACAACAGUCACAUCAUUUGGUGAAGACCUUGUUACUCCAACAGCACAAGACCAGCCUUAUUUCAAUGAGUCAGAGGAGGAGUCCAUCACCCCUCUUCAGAAGGGGAGAGUGAAAGCAACACCCUUUACUGACGAAAGAAGGUCAGAGAGCCAAGAUCUCCCCCAGGGCGAGACUGUGGAGCACACAGAAGACAAACAGUCCACCAGUCCAAGGGCUCCAAUUCCUGAAAUUACGGAAGUAGAUGAGGAUUUGUCUCUAGUACAUAGAGAUCUCCUGAGGGAUGCAAGCGGGGAAAGUGAUGUCGACAAAGGCAGUGAAUGUGAGUUUGCGCAGUACACCACACACCAUAUUCUGAAGUCAUUGGCUUCUAUUGAAGCUAAAUGUAGUGACAUCAGCUCUGCUGAUACAACUAUGCCCCCCUCUUCUGUGGACAGAGUUAAUACAGCCUUGCAAAGAGCACAAAUGAAAGUCUGCAGUCUGUCUAGUCAAAGAGUAGGACGUAGCCUGAUAAAAUCAAAAGAUCUGUUAAAACAAAGGUACUUACUUGCAAAAGCUGGCUAUCCUCUAAGAAGGUCUCAGUCUUUACCUACCACCUUAUUGAGCCCUGUCAGAGUGGUGUCCUCUGUCAAUGUCCGGUUGUCUCCAGGGAAAGAGACUAGAUGCAGCCCACCUUCCUUCACCUAUAAGUACACCCCAGAAGAGGAACAGGAAUUGGAGAAAGGAGUGACUGAGCAUGAUGGCCAGUCUUUAGUUAAAUCCACAAUUUUCAUCUCUCCAUCAUCUGUGAAGAAAGAAGUCCCUGUGAGUGAAGAGGCUCCAUUGGAACAGAGCCGUCAUGGGAGGACUGCUUCUUGUCCAUGGUUGUUGGCUCCAGGACCAAUAUCCCAGUCCACGUGCUCCCUUCAUUCUAUGCAAUCUGAGUGGCAGGAGCGGCCGCUGUGUGAGCACAUGAGAACUCUGAGCACUCACAGUGUCCCCAACAUAUCCGGUGCUAUGUGUAGUGCCUUCACCUCCCCAUUCGGAUGUCCUUACUCUCACAGACAUGCGGCCCACCCAUACCGAGCAUGUUCCUCGAGUCCUCCUUCUGCCUUAGAGAUGCAGCUGCGACGAGUGCUGCAUGACAUCAGAAACUCACUGCAGAAUCUUUCACAGUACCCUAUGAUGAGAGGACCUGACCUAUCUGCUCCUCCGUAUAGCACUCCAAAGUCAUCUGUUCUACCUCUGUAUGAAAAUACUUUUCAGGAGCUUCAGUUAAUGAGGCGGAGCCUGAAUUUGUUCCGAACACAAAUGAUGGAUUUAGAAUUGGCAAUGCUGCGUCAGCAAACCAUGGUUUAUCAUCAUAUGACAGAGGAGGAAAGGUAUGAAGUUGAUCAGCUACAGAGUUUGAGGAAUUCUGUCCGAAUGGAACUGCAGGACUUGGAACUGCAGCUUGAGGAGCGUCUGCUGGGCCAGGAUGAGCAUCUCCGAGCCAUGCGGGCACCUUCACCCUUCCGCUCUGCAGCACUUGGGGGUAUGUGUGGCAGUAGGAGUACUGAUAACUUGUCCUGUACUUCUCCUCUGAAUGUAAUGGAACCAGUCACUGAACUGAUCCAAGAACAGUCAUACCUGAAGACUGAAUUGGGUUUGGGAAUGAGGGAAAUGGGAUUUGAAAUUCCUCCUGGAGAAAGUUCAGAAUCGGUUUUCUCCCAAGCAACGUCAGAAUCAUCUUCUGUAUGUUCUAGUCCCUCUCAUGCCAACAGAAGAACUGGAAUGCCUUCUGGUGACUUGGGGAACAGACCCAGGGCCCACUUAGCCAGGAAGAAAGUGUUCCGAGCAUCAGUGGCUCUGACCCCAACUGCUCCUUCUAGAACAGGCUCUGUGCAUACACCUCCCGAUGUGGAAAGUUCUGAGGAUGCUGGAGCAGCUGAAGAAGCCUCACAUCUUGUAGGACCUAACUCCAAGUUAGAAGAUCAAGGGAAUGUCCCACUAAUGCCAGCUGCUGAGGAAAUGCAUAGGAAUGUGGAGGAGGAAGAUGAGUUGCAGCAAGUCAUACGGGAGAUUAAGGAAUCUAUUGUUGGGGAAAUUCGACGGGAAAUAGUAAGCGGACUUCUAGCAGCAGUAUCUUCAAGUAAAGCAUCUACUUCUAAUAAGCAAGACAGUCAUUAAGUGGAACUUAGAGAUUAUCAUGGAUCCUCUUAGCUGUGUAAUGGAGUUUUGGAUGUUAUACACUGGUGGAGGUGUUAUCUGUACUCUGGAAGAUACUUUCUGCUAAGCUGGGCUACUGUACACAGUGCACGGUGUGCAUUUCUUUGUUGCAUAUCUUUUAAAGUGUGCAUAGAAACUUAGGCACUUUGCUGACUAUUGUUCUUUUCUAAACCAUCAAAAGUGUAGCAGUUUGAAAAGCAUAAUAUUUAUUUGUAUGUCAAAUAUUUCCAUUUGCUUCCCUAUAUAGAAUCAAUUAUAAAACUUGAAGACUUCAGACAUAACCAGCUUAUAAAUACCAUUUACUUCAGACUAGCUUCUUACCACACUGACCUCUAUGAGGUAUUUACUGUGCAAUAACUGAUUCAUUUUUGAGAGCUUGAAGCAACCAAUGAUUAUCCCUCCACUGCUGUUAAUGAUUGUCACUUCCAAGAAGUCAACCUGUUCUAUUGUAAAAAUUGCUGUUAAUUCUCGAGGAGGCUACGAGUAGCAGUAGGUUAGAAUUGUGAAAGAUUACUUUCAACUACUUAAUGUUAUUACACUGUAAGCCUUGUUUCUUUACCCAAAACAAAUGGAAUUUUAUUAUAGCUUAUGUAGUAUUUUCUUUUGGAAAUGUGCCUUAUGUUCAACACUAUGUACUUUUGAAUUGUUGAAACUUCUUAUAAGGAGAUGUUUCUUCUCUCUUUUAGAGUAACUAGUAUACUGUUGUCACAAUAAUGGGCCCUAUGACUUGAAUGGAUAGAAAUGAAUAAGCUGGUAUUUGGUUUUUCGAAAUGGAAAUACUUUAGAUUUGUUCUCUUCGUACAUAAAUCAUUUUCAUUCAGUUUUAAUCAGUGAGAUUUUCAUUGUUACAGAAGAAGGAGAAUGGUUUCCUGUUUGGUUUUACAUGUGUCAAAUAAAUGUGUAAAGUAGCCACCAAUGUCAUUAGAAUUAUUCUUUUAAGCAUAUAUAAUUUUCAACUGUAUUAUGUUUAUUUGUGUGUGAAACUUUAAUCAACAAUGGUUGAGAUGUUAACAGUCUUCUUCAAAAAAAUAUCGAAAAGGUUUAUAAAUGUUUGAAAUAUCACACAAAGGCUGAUUUCUAAAAGAAUAUUAAAAUAAUAAAGUAUUUAUUUUGCCUAAA